AUGUUAUCAUCAAAGGAAUAUUAAAGAUUUACUCAAACUCAACUAUCUGAAGAUCAAUCAAAUUUAGAUACUAGUGUAUAUUUGGAAUCACCAUUAUGUACCAUUAAUCGAUAGAGUAUUACAAAUGUUUAAAUUAGAGAGGUUUACUUUUACUAUUGAAAACUCUGUUAUGAGGUCUUAAAAUGACAAUUAACUCAAAUCUUAAUCCUAAAAUAAAUAUUCUAUACCUACCCAUGAGAAUAUAUAAUUUCCCCUUAAAAAAUCUUACAUUCUCCAACGAGCACUCUCUAAUCGAAUACUUAAAAUCAAAUAUAAAAAUAAACUGUAAAAGAGUCAAAGUCAAAUUUAAACCAUAUAGUUUCCAAAGAUUAAUAAUUAAAUUCGAAGACGUAGUGGUUGUGAACUUCUAAGUGAUAAAUAAGUAAUUAUAUUUUAUAUUAUUAGGUUAGACUAGCCUAUCUAUUUCCUAUUACUUAUGUAGCCUAUCAUUAAUAAUAAAAGGAAACUAAAAGAAAUGAAAUGAGAAAGAAAACUAUAUUUAAAAGAAUGUCAAGUAUUUUAAUUAAACAUUCAAAUAAUUUAAAAUCUCAAACUAAUUUAGGAGUUUCCUAAUAGAAAAUUAUAGAUGAGAUUCCUACCAAAUUGGAUGAAAAAUCAUCUAACAUUAUACUAAAGUAAUUCUAAUAAUAAAUUGGAUGUUUUAAAGAAUAAUAAGAUUUAUUAUAAAAUAUGGAGAAUUCUGAAAAACUAUUACUAUUAUAAGAAGAACUUAAAAGAUAUUCUUAAUCUCUUAAUAAUUCACCUAUUAUUAAAAGAAAUUCAAAGAAAUAAUCAACUGAGAGAUUUUUUGAUUCCUAAAAAGUGGUAUUAGAUAUUACUAAGAAAUAACGCAAAACCUUUACUUCUGUUCAAAAUUACAUAAGUGAACGUUAAUAAUCUAACCAAACUAAAUCUGUUGGUGUAAUAAACAAAUAAAUACAUUUUCAAUAUCAAAAUUUGUAAAGUCUAACAGAAACAGAUAGUUCAUCUCCAAUUAAAAUAAAAUCCACAUAAACAGCUCGUCAUUUCACACAUAUCAAAUCUUUAUCAAAUCUCCCUGAUAUAAGAGAAGCAUCAACCUAAAGAUUAAAUAGUAAUAGAAUCUAAAAAAUUGCAGAAAAAGUCAAAAAUAUAUACAUAUUUAGUCCUAGUAAAAAUAAAUUAUUUUAAGAUAAAAUAAAAAUGUGA